AUGAGGUUCCCCUUAUAUGCUGCCGCUGCAAAAGCACUUGAAGGAUUGAACCGAGACAUUGCCAAGUCCGUGGUUCAAGCAAUCGACUCAACAGCAUUCGCUGUGGAAAUUCCUGCUGCACCUGCUUUAGAGCAUGCCAUUGACGCUACUCUAACCCAAGAUGAACACACCAGCAGCUUUCUUCUCCCGAACGCUUUCAAAUACACCGAGGGGCCCCAGCAACACCGAGGGCCCCAGCAACACCGAGGGCCCCAGCAACACCGAGGGCCCCAGCAGCACCGAGGGCCCCAGCAACACCGAGGGCCCCAGCAGCACCGAGGGGCCCCAGCAGCACCGAGGGGCCCCAGCAACACCGAGGGCCCCAGCAACACCGAGGGCCCCAGCAGCACCGAGGGCCCCAGCAACACCGAGGGCCCCAGCAGCACCGAGGGGCCCCAGCAGCACCGAGGGGCCCCAGCAGCACCGAGGGGCCCCAGCAGCACCGAGGGGCCCCAGCAGCACCGAGGGGCCCCAGCAGCACCGAGGGGCCCCAGCAGCCCCGAGGGCCCCAGCAGCACCGAGGGCUCUCAGCAGCACCGAGGGCCCCAGCAGCACCGAGGGCCCCAGCAGCACCGAGGGCCCCAGCAGCACCGAGGGCCCCCAGCAGCACCGAGGGCCCCAGCAGCACCGAGGGCCCCCAGCAGCACCGAGGGGCCCAGCAGCACCGAGGGCCCCAGCAGCACCGAGGGCCCCAGCAACAUCGAGGGCCCCAGCAGCACCGAGGGGCCCCAGCAGCACCGAGGGCCACCAGCACCGAGGGGCCCAGCAGCACCGAGGGCCCCCAGCAGCACCGAGGGCCCCAGCAACACCGAGGGCCCCAGCAGCACCGAGGGGCCCGAGCAGCACCGAGGGGCCCCAGCAGCACCGAGGGCCCCAGCAACACCGAGGGCCCCAGCAGCACCGAGGGGCCCCAGCAGCACCGAGGGCCCCAGCAGCACCGAGGGCCCCAGCAGCACCGAGGGCACCGAGGGCCCCAGCAGCACCGAGGGCCCCCAGCAGCACCGAAGGCCCCAGCAGCACCGAGGGCCCCCCCAACAGCACCGAGGGCCCCCAGCAGCACCGAGGGCCCCCAGCAGCACCGAGGACCCCAGCAGCACCGAGGACCCCAGCAGCACCGAGGGCCCCCAGCAGCACCGAGGGGCCCCAGCAGCACCGAGGGGCCCCAGCAGCACCGAGGGGCCCCAGCAGCACCGAGGGGCCCCAGCAGCACCGAGGGGCCCCAGCAGCACCGAGGGGCCCCAGCAGCACCGAGGGGCCCCAGCAGCACCGAGGGGCCCCAGCAGCACCGAGGGCCCCAGCAGCACCGAGGGCCCCAGCAGCACCGAGGGCCCCAGCCGCACCGAGGGCCCCAGCAACACCGAGGGCCCCAGCAGCACCGAGGGCCCCAGCAGCACCGAGGGCCCCAGCAGCACCGAGGGGCCCCAGCAACACCGAGGGGCCCCAGCAGCACCGAGGGCCCCAGCAGCACCGAGGGGCCCCAGCAGCACCGAGGGGCCCCAGCAACACCGAGGGGCCCCAGCAGCACCGAGGGCCCCAGCAGCACCGAGGGCCCCAGCAGCACCGAGGGCCCCAGCAGCACCGAGGGCCCCCAGCAGCACCGAGGGCCCCAGCAACACCGAGGGCCCCCAGCAGCACCGAGGGGCCCCAGCAGCACCGAGGGCCCCUAGCAGCACCGAGGGCCCCAGCAACACCGAGGGCCCCCAGCAGCACCGAGGGCCCCCAGCAGCACCGAGGGGCCCCAGCAGCACCGAGGGCCCCUAG